CCCCCUCCUCCAUCACCAUUCCGGAAACAAAAAGGUCUCCCGUCAUCGGUUUAGUCCCUUUGAUGGAAAAAUCAUUUAUCGUAUCCGUUCGAUUGACUCUUUCAUCCACACGCGCAGUUUUGGCAAUACUCAAGCAAAAGCUACUGCGGAGUACCAUGUGUUUGUAAGAGCUGGGCGGGGGUGCCUAUUUAAAAAACGCGAGUCUAAAUGCGAGUUUUUGUUAAGGUAAACUCCCGUUGUUCUGGCUCUUUCUUAUCAUUAUGGAUAUACCCGUUUUCUGUAUGCAAAAUGAUAAGAUGUGUGAUUUCGGCCUUUAGCAAAAUGUAUUGAUCUCCCCUAAAUAUACCUACACGCAGCCAUUUUGAACACAGUCAGACGGUUAUUACUAUGGAGCCAUUAACUAGUUUCUUGAAUAAAAAGGAUGGUAUGCAAAAAAGGGGUAAAAUUUAAACGCAGGCCAUUUAGAAAUUUAACAUAUAGUGAAAAAACUAGAAUUUAGUGGUAAAACUUUUUGCCAUUAGCAUCAUGUGUAACUAAGUGAAGUAAGCAGCUUAAAAAAUUGUUGAAGUAAAAAGUAGUAAAUCCUAGCUUGGCAAUUGCUGCACUCUGUGAGCAUAAGCUUACUUUCUCAAAUGAAAUAAAUAAUAUUUUAACCUGGCGUCGAAACGCGUAGUUAAGUCAUCAAUGAUUAAGCAUUGAACAUCAGAUUGAGCGUUUUAUUUCAGGGAGACCAUGCUGCACUGCCGCCAUUGAACAUUAGGUUAACCGCAUGAGUGCAAGUCAACCGUGCCACACAUCAACGUAGAGUGUUCUGGUAUAUGUGCACAAUAUCUUACAAGCGCAUACCGUGUUAUAGCAUUUCGGGUGUAUGCAUUUCACAAAACUUUAACACGAUUUUUGUUUUGCAAUCCUAAAAUAUAUUCAUCAUCAUUCGUGAAUUUGUCCGUAUAUUUCCCUCUCUGUAAAAAACAAUUUAAAGCUGAGAAGGCGUUAAUAACAACCUCAGCUGAAAUUUUGAUGUUUUAAAGAAAUCUCUUUGGAAAUCUUUAAAAAAAAGUAGCCUUCGAGCAUAACUUUUUUUACCAAUUAAGCUGGGUUACAAACGAAUUUUUGCAAUCAGAAUAUCGCGCUUUUUAAUUUACAACUUCUAUUGUUCUUUACUCACGUGAUCAUUACCAGAAAAUCCUUUCUUCUUCUAAUGUAUUGAGCUAGAAUUGUUCCACUCACCUGAACAAGCAUGAUUAAUUUCCCUAUUAUUUAAAGGGGUAAGAUACGGCUUAAUUAGCCGAGUGUUUGAUUUUAAUUCAGAGUUUGCUUUGAGAAACAAUUAUGCUUGAACACAUUCGUUUGCGUCUAAGCUUUCGUAUCUGAGCAACUUAUUUCAAAAUCUUUAAAGAAAGCGUGGUUAACUAGACUACAAUGAAAGCAAAAUAAGCGAAACUGAAGAAGGCGAUUUUGAACAAUUUUUAAAACAAAAUCAACGCAAGCAAUGGUGUUCAAUGAAGUAAAACAAAGUGAGCAGGUGGUAAAGUUUCUUCUCGGUUCACAUUCGGCAUGAAAGUCUUCAUACAACUGAGCAAAUGUUUUUGCUGCUGUGAAAAUAAAAACAUUCACAAAAUUGUCAUGGUGUUGCUAAAUACAAAAACUAAUUUUUCACAGUGAUGAUGGAUGGCAAAGCAAUUUGUUUAUUUUUCUUGAUUUUUAUUGUUUAUAUAAUAAAAACAGAUGGCCGUCCGCAUCACCAUAGAAACCAGAAAAAGUACGUCAUUGAAGUGCAAGAUCAUCAACAAGCAAUCAAGGGGGCAAAUCCAUUGGUCGAUUUGGAAGACACUGUACGGCGUGGAAUAAAUGAUCCGUUAGCUGAUCCCCGCUUUGUUAUGAACAAAAUAAAUGAUGACUUCUUUGGAACACCGGUGACAGAUACAUCUCUUCAUAAUAAUGAAUUGAUGGCUUACCAAGGAAGAGAUAGGUUUUCUUCGUCAAUUUUAGGAGUUAAUACUAACACUCCAAAUGGUUUAACUCCAAGCAAUCCGAUACAACAACAUGCCACUAAAGAAGAAAUCGUAGCAAGGCAUCCGGCGUCCAUACCAAUGAUUCAAGAUGUGGGAAUACCACGAUUUCUAAAGCACGGGUCAUAUUCACGUUUUCCGGGUCAUACACGUAACUUUAAAGUGCCGUUGAACGCUUUAGAUAGCGCAGCCAUUACAGCUAACAUUGCUCAGAACGUGGCCGGUGGUUUAUCUAGAGGUUUGCCUGGAAGUGUUGCUGCAUUCGCGUCCAGAGGAAAGUUUGAACCUUUUGCUAGAGGAGUAGCAAUAGGAGCUUUAACUUCACAACAACACGCGAAUGCAAGAAGACUUUCUAGAAUCAGUGUGACACAUAAUAAACUGGCUCAACACAGAUUGCCUUUGCAGAGACAAAAUAAUUUAUUGUUUCAUUCUGCACCAAAAAAACAAAACAAUUUAAAUCCAUUAACUGGUCUUCCCGAAGAUUUAGAAGAUAGGACAUUUGGUGCAGUAUCAUCCAUAACAAGUGUUGCCGACACCUCUCCUUCUUUACCCAGCUCAAUAACUGUAACAACAGGAGAUAAUUCCGAGGCAAGCGAAACACAAAAUACUGGACAACAACUACAACAACAACAAGAAGUUGCAAGUGAGCAAGAAACAAAAGAGAACGCAGAUAGCACAACUGCUGAUAAAUCAACGCCCGGUAUAGGAAGUAAUUUUUCAUCUUUAAAAGCUUACCUUGAAGCUGAUAAUGAACUGAGGGAAAACCUUGCUAAAGAUGGCUUAGAAACGUUGGAGUCAUCAAAGAAAGUUGAUUCUGCAUACAAGUCAUUAUAUAACAAUGCCAAACGUUCUAUUGAAUCAAACUCUACUAAACAAAAUCAGAGAAGUAAUCAUAGUUAAUUAUUAUUACUGAAGUUUUAACUAUUCUAUCUGUGGCAACUAGUGGACAAAUGGUAAUGUACGGACAUAUAAACACUUCAUAUAGUACACUACGUAACACUUUUAAUAGCAAGCACGGUACGAACACCACAUUCCUCCAUUCGAACGAACGCUGUAUCAAACAUUUAGAUUUUUGGCAUAUGCUUAUUGUCGUAAGAAACUAAACAUCUGUAUUGAUGGCGCUUAUAUAAAAACAUGCAAAUUCGUUACUUCAAUAUAAACGACUGACUUUAUAACCCGAAGAAAUUUUACUCAAAGCGAGACAAUGUGUAAAU